UAGUAUGUCUGUAAAAGUACUGUUUUAAAAAAAGGAAAUACAUUUAACAUUUCCAAAAAGAACUAUAAAAUAGAAUUUAGCCAUUAACCCAUUGCUGAUAUGAAAUGGAUACGUUGCCACUUUUAGCUAAAAGUAAAAGAGGAGCAGUUGAAAAACAUGAUAAAACUAUUUCCCAGGACGAAUCUGUAAUGUCAUCAAAAAUGCAGUAUGUUGGGGUUGAACAUAAUGAAGAUACUUAUUCUUUUUCAUCAUCUUGUGUAUCUCCAUUAGAUCCUAAUUUGAACACCGUUCAGUAUUUGCCAACCGAUGACGAUUCUGCUGUUACUCAUGAAACUGAUAUAAUUCGAUACACAGAAGCUGCGCAACACUUUUCACCUCCUCACUUGCUAGGAAAUUCACACAAAGAACUAGACAAAGCUGAACUAACAAAUACUAAUUUAGUAAUGAAUACUUCAGAUACAACACAUUAUGAAACGAAUGGCAGAAGCUUAGUAAAUGAAGAACAAAACAUAUCACAAAAUCAUUUUGAUGGUUAUGUUCAACUGUCUGCAUUAAAUACAUUAGAGAACAAUUUGUCAAUAAAUUUAACAAAUACGACUUUUUCAAAUAUUUCUAAUCCCAAUUUAGUAGAUGGUACGCAGCAAAUACCAACACACAAUGAAACUUUGGAAUAUAUGAACAUUGAUGCAGAUUCUGACUCCCAUUACAUGACACAAUUAAGCAAUGGGCAAAUAAUUGCAAAAUCAAACGUUAAUGGACGUUAUUUGCAUCCAGUGAUGAAUUCUUUGAAUAAUAUUUCAAAUUUAAGUCUGAAUCGUAUGCCUGAAUCAAAUGUUUCAGGCGAAUUUGGUCCUUUAAAUGGUGCCUUAUUGGGCAGAAUUACAGAAAAUCUAUUGCCAGAAUUGCAAGUGAGUGAUGAUGUAUCAAACGGAAAUGGGAAUAUGUACAAAUGUUUGCACAAUAAUCAACAAUUUGUCAAUGCCAAAUCAUUUCCCAAGGUGUCAUCGUUAAAUAAAACAUUUAAAAAAUAUGUAAUUACCCAGACUCCAAUUGUUGUUGAGAACAAACGAAAAUAUAUGAAACCUAGCUCUCAAAUGGCUAAUAAAAAACAUACAAUUAGAAAAUUAAAGAAUUAUGAAACAAAUUCUAGAUUAGAUAAACAAAUGCAAGGUAGCAUUGCAGAUAAUAAUUCAGAUAACUUGACAGUAAGUCCAAUUGAAUUAUAUGAAAAUUCUUCAAGUUUCGACUAUGGUCCCCAGCAAUGUGGUGAUAGAUUAGGUGAAAACGGCAUUACCUAUGUGAAUAGAGAUCUGACUCCAAGAGAAGACUUUUUGGUUGUGGAUGGAGGGCUCUAUACUUUAAAUGGAUUUAAAACACAAGGCUUUCUAAUAGAACAAUCUUCUGGGGAUUUCAUGGUAUGUCAACAGCUUGACGGACAGCUAGCCAUUGAUCAAUCAUUUCUUGACUUCAAGCUAAAUCAAAUGCUAAACGUGAAUCAGGAUAUAAAUUUGUCUCUUAAUUAUGACGAUCAUAUAGUUCUUGAUCAAAAUGAAAAAAUUUCAUUAAAAACUGAAAUGUCUGAUGAUUUAGAAAAAAAUUCAAUUCUCUCCACUGACGUGGUUUUCAAUAGUCUUAAUAUGCCAGAAGAAGAUAUGGAUCAGGAUGUAAUUGAUGACAUUGAUAUGAAAAUGAAUAUAAUAAAUGAUAUUGGAGGAGUCAAUAUAGACUCUAAACUUAUUGCAGACUGUAAAGAUAUGAAAAUGGAAAUGGAGGCAGUACAAAAGUCUAAAAAAGGAUCAAAAUGUCUCAAUACAUCUCAAAUUAAUGAAGUUUUUGCAAUAAUGGAUAAAACUGUUUUAUCUCGAGCUCGAGCAAGCCUUCCAGCUACAUAUUUAAACAUAAAUAAGAUCAAUGCAUCUGACAAUGAAUAUGGAGUUUUUGCCAGAAGGUCAAUUCCAGAAAGAACUCAAUUUGGUCCAUUAGAAGGCAUUAAAAUUAUUUCAAAUGUAUCAAAUGAUACGAAACAAAUUCAGUACUGUGUUAAACUUAAUGAUAGUACUAUAGCUAUUAUGGAUUUAUCUGAUGAAAAUACUUCCAACUGGAUGCGAUUUGUAAGGCCAGCAUGCAGUAGAUCUACACAAAACUUAGUUGUUUCUGAAGAUGGCGGAAAACUAUAUUUUACUACGAUACAACAAAUCGAUGCUAAAUCUGAACUCAGAGUUUGGUAUAGUGAAGAAUAUGCAAAUAUUUAUGGCUUUGAUUUGUUGAAAUCAACAGAACAAAUUCAAGCAGAUACUGAAAACAUAGCUCAAAAUCAUAAAAUCAAGGAUGAUAGGAAAAGUAAAGUUGGUAGAUCGACAGCAUCUUCAAAAAUACUAAGCCAAGAUAAAAAUGAAUGCAACAUUUGUUUUAAAAAAUUCCCUAGAAGAUACAGUUUACGGCGACAUAUGCUGACACACCAAUUAAAGGAUGUUGACUCUGGAAUAAAAGUGUGCUUGAAUGAUAAACAAUUGAAACAAAACCAAUCAAAUAAUAUUCAAGAAAGUUCAAAUUUAAUUACAAAAAGUGGAAUAGAUAGCAUUAAAGAAGGAAUUGGUGUAUUAGAAAUUGCUCAGAAUAAAGAGAAUAAAAAGUACAGUGAUGAUAUUGAGAAAUAUGAUGGCCAAGAAAAAUCAAUCAAAUGUGCAUUAUGUCCAAAGGUUUUCUCACUUUUUAAAGAUAAAUUCGAGCACCAUAUGGCAAUGCACAUCAAUAAUGAUAAUCAAUCAUAUAAUUGUAGUCAAUGCCCAAAAAUAUUUAAUUCAUUACCAGCUCUAACUGCCCAUUUGAAAACACAUCCAUGGUUGAAGUGCCCAAUGUGUGAAAUGAAUUUUACUGUGGUUGGAGAGUUACGUGAGCAUGUCAAAGUACAUUGUAUAAAUGGAGUUUUCACAUGCAAACACUGUAAUAAGAAUUUUACGCAAUAUCGCCUUAUUCGAAAACACAUCCGAGCCUUUCAUUCUGAGAAAAAAUUUUCCUGUCCUCAUUGUAAUAAAAUGUUUCCUGCUCAGGAUAAAUUGAAGAUGCACUUAUUGAGGCAUUCUGACCAUCGAGAAUUCCUUUGUGCUCAUUGUGGUAAACAAUUCAAAAGGAAAGAUAAGCUAACAGAACAUAUGAAAUGCAUUCAUGAAAAACUAAAUACUCUACAGAUUGAUAAGCAAGAAAGAUCGGUUGAUGAGAAUCUUGCUAUUUUUGCUGGUAAUAAUAAUAAACCUAAAAAGUUUAUGCCCAGAGUUUCUCCAAAUGACUAUCAUCGGUUUAUUUAUAAAUGUCACAGCUGUUUGCUAGGUUUUAAAAGACGAGGUAUGCUAGUAAAUCAUUUGGCAAAGAGACACCCUGAUGUUAAACCGGAAACUGUUCCAGAAUUAAAUCUGCCGAUUUUAAGGACCACUCGCAAUUAUUAUUGUCAGUAUUGUUGUAAAGUUUAUAAAAGUAGUUCAAAAAGGAAAGCUCACAUAUUAAAGUUACAUCCAGGUUUAUCAUUACCUUUAUCAAAUCGGUAUCGAGGGAGUUUGCCUGAUAUCCCUGGUAUGCCUAAUCUGACAUAUUCUCAAACUGUAGGAAGUGUGACAUCUCACCCUCAUCCUUGCCAAUGGUGCCACAAACAAUAUGCCAGCAAAGCAAAAUUAUUGCAGCAUCAUCGUAAAAAGCACAUUGAUAAAACUACUCAGCUAAGUGAACCCAAUGACCAAAUUCAAAAUCUGUUUACUGAUGGGACUGCUAAUGAUAUAGUUCAGAAGAAUUCUGUUCUUUAUUCGAAAACCUUAUUGCAAGAGCACGAGUCACAUAUAGCGGGGAAUCAAAAGGCAAACGUUCAUCUACAUUUUGAGACUGUGGACUUGGAUGAUCCAUCAUGUUACACCGAUGAGGUGACUGGUGUGAAUGUUGUUAAUAAUUACAAUUACCAAAACUUUCAGUUGAUUGAUGAAGAACAGCUUGAACAUGUAGAAGAAACUAUUAUUCCAAUUGCAAUGAAGCUGGAGAAAACACCUAUUGUAAUAGAUGUUUCUCAACUUGAUGAAUAUAGAAAGUCUUUACGAGCAAAACAACAGGAUGAAAAAGCAAGAAGUUUGAUUUCUAAUUGUGUAUUAGCUGAUAGCUUGAAUAGGCCUCCAAAAAAAUGGUCAAAUAAUUUCUCUUUAAUUUCACAUCCUGCACAUUGAACAAAGGUUUAAGGUAUAGUUGAAUUUUAUUGAUGCUUUCAAGCUCUAAUUGAUUUUCAUUACGGUAUGUACACGUUAAAUUGUCAUGGUAAAAUGUUAUUUACUGUUUUUGGUAUUUAAUCUAAAAAUAAUUGUAAAUAAUUUUAAUAGUAAUUUUAAUUAUUUUAUAGUUGAGCAAUCAUUAUAUUACUAAUUUAUAUUAUUUUGAAUCUAUUUAAACAUUUGCUCAAACGUUUUAA